AUGCCGGGCGGGAUCGCGUCGCACUGGGUGCCCACCCCACAGCGGCGGGUGCUACUUGAGCACGCCGCCUUCAUUUAUGCCUUUGGGAACACCAAGCACACCAGCCUGUUCCGCGAUAACCAGCAGCAGGCCUGCAAGCUUCUGCUCCUGGGCUUUGGCGACGUGCGGCAUGUGCUGGCCACGGCCGCCGCCUGCGCUGCCCAGCCCGCCACCAAGUGCCGGCGGCUGACUUUCCACCUCAACGACAUUGGCCCGCUCAACGUGGCACGGGGCAUCCUGCUGCUGCACCUGGCGGACAGCAUCGAUCCCGGCGUGCCGGAGGACCUGGACUUCUUCUGGGGUGUGGCCUACUGCCUUCAGCUGCCAGGCGAGCACGCCGAGCGGCUGGCGGCCGCCGUGCGGCACCUGCUGGCGCAGCGCGGCAGCUGGACGCAGCGAUUUGGGGACGCGGGCGAGGCACGGCGCAUCGAGCGGGUGAUGCGCGGCUGGCUGCAGCCGGCGCCGCCGGUGGCAGCGGUGCUGGAGGAGCGGCGGCGGUUGCAGAUGGCCCGCAUCUCGCAGCGCGUCGACCGGCCCAUCGGCACGGCGGCGGAGCUGGCAGGAGCGCACCGCAUGUUUGCCGGCGCCCUGCUCGUCGGCCUGCUGCCGUUUCCCUUUGAGGGCCGCGGGAGCGUGAAGGAGCAUGUCCUGAGCGAGGCGCUGCUGGAGGAGUUUGCAGAGUUUCUGGAUGCGGGCAGCAUCUACCGCACAGCGGUCGGCACCACCCGCGGCGGCGGCGGCGCCUGGGGCGUCAACCCCACGCUGCUGGCGCCCGGCACGCGCCGCUGGCAGCUGCACUACAGCAGCUGCCCGUUCCGCAGCUUCAUCCCGCUGGACCCAGCCAAGCACGCAGCGAUCGGCGCUGCCGGCCAGCCCAGGGAGGUGACAGAGGCCUGCCUGUCGGACCUGCAAGCGCUGCUCCAGGGCUACCAAGCCUGCCGCGCCAGCCGCCAGGUGGAGGUGCACUUCUCCUGCUGCAAUGCCCUGGCGCUAUGCUCCCGCCUGCGCGCCCAGCAGCAGCAGCAGGAGGAGGAGGAGGGGCAGCAGCAGGUGACAGGGGUGCGAUCGCUACCGAGCGGCAGCGCGCCGGGCAGCAGCGGGUUUGAUGUGGUCGACACCUCCAACCUGCCAGACCAUGUGGGCCUGCUGAACGUGCUGUCUCUCGCGGGGCCCCUCCUGCGCAGGACGCAGCACGCCAGGCUCUUCACCGGCCACAUGCUGUGGUCCACCGGCGCCCGCACGCUGCACGAAUACGUGCGCCUGGCCUGUGGGGCCGACCCCCAGCUCUUCCCCACCCUGCUGGGGCUGCGCCUCAUGAAUGACCCUCUGUACGGCCUGGCUCUGCCCCACAACCCCAUGACCUCAUACGGCCAGACCGAUGUGCAGGAUGUGCUGGAGUGGAUGCCGGCAGGCAUCGAGCCCGCCGCGCAGCCCACAGCAACCGGCAGCGACGGCAUCAGCGCCGCCCUGGUGGCCUGGGGCGACCUGUGCACCAGGCAAAGCAACAUCCCUCUCGACCGCUCUGGCCUGCGCUUCGGCAGCCUGCUCACGCUGCUGCACCUGGUGGCCGGCGCUGCGCGCAGGGUGCAGCCGCUGCUGCCGCCAGGUGGAGCGCCGCAGCAGCAGCCGGCGUGGCGCCAGCUGGCAGCCAGCCUGGCUGCGGCCUGCUCGCUGGAUGAGGUGUUCACCCUCCAGCUCCGCGCGCUGUGCUGCUGGGCGCUGCAGCAGCCGGGGCAGGCCCCGCCGCUGCUGGUGUCAGGCAGGGUGCCGCUGUCGGCUGCGUACAAGGAGCUGGCUCGUGAGGGCAGGACCCCGCUGCUCGGCGUGCACCUGGUCAGCCUGCCGUCCCGCCCCACCAUCCAGCACCUGCUGGCGACGGCGCAGCGUGCGGCCGCCGGCAGCCAGCAGGGCUCGCAUUUGCUGGAUGUGCUGGGCUUCGAUCUCUCCUUCCUGCUGCCGCCCGACCAUGGGCUGGGCGUGGAGGGAUCCCUCCUGACCAUCUUUGACUCGGCAGGGGGGGCAAAGCUGACAGCCGGGCCCGUGCCGCUGGCAAGCUUCGCCAUUACGCCCUACACCGUGUCGCCACCAGCAGCGCUGGCGGCCGGCCUGCGACGCCUGCUGCAGCAGGCCGGCGGCGAGCCCGUGGUAGCAGCAGGGAGCGUCGAAGGGGCCCGCGAGGCGGUCCAUGGCGGGGGUGUGGAGCUGAGCAGAGGGCUGGCGCUGCGCAAGCUGGCAGAGCAUGCCGACCGAUUCGAGGUUGAGCUUGUGGUGGAGGAGAAGCUGGGCGGUACCCUGACGUUGGCACAGCCUGCCGGGCUGCGGGCUUGCAUCUCCCUCCCGUGGCCGGUGGACAGCCUCACUGCCAGCAUCAAAGUGCGGCGCAGUGCCCGCACCAUCGCCGCCACCCUGGGCAAGCACCCGCUGUGGCUGCGCGACCGCGCCUGGCUGCCAAAGCUGGACGUCGACGGCCUGCCUGCCUGGGGCCGAGGCAAAGACGCAUCCAGCGCCCUGUCUUGCUUCAUGAGCUGCAUGUUCUCGCAUGCGGAGAUGGGUGCCAAGACCCAGGGCGUGACGCUGGGCGGCGGCGGCCUGCACGUGAUGUACGACGUGAAGGAGAGCCUGCAGGCGCUGUUUGUGCGCACUUACGAGGGCGCAGUGAUGCACAUGCUGCACAGCACCGCGGCCCGUGACCCCAAUGAGGCUGCCCUCUUCUUGGUGGUGCACGGCGGCGUGCGGCGCCUGCCCGACGGCCGCCCCCUGCUGCACGUAUCUUAUGUGGACCACGCCGCCGCAGAGCGCAUGUACCCAACUGAGAGGUCGCAGCAGGAGCCUGUCCGCAGGUUCUCCAAGAUCAUGCGCAGUGUGGUCGGCGCGCGCGGCCCGUCCAACACCAUCAACUGCACCCCCGACGAGCUGCGCCUCCUGCGCUUCCUGCUGGCCCGGAACGCCGCCUCCCUGCGCGUGCCUCGCUGGCAGGCCUCGCUGCUGGAGCUGCCCUCAGACUGGGAGGCCUCCUUUGUGGUGCCUGCCUUCUCGGACUUUGUGGCAGAGGGGGACCAGGGGGCGGCGCUGAUUGGCCAGCUCCCCAGCCUGACGGCACGAAUGAAGGGCCUGGACACGGGAGAGGGAGAGGUAGCUGGUGGCAGCGCUGGACAGGGAGGUGCCGCCCAGGCAGCCGCCACGCAGCACAAGGAGGCGGGCAAUGCGCUGUUCAAGCAGCGCAGGUACGGCGCGGCGGUGCAGCGGUACCAGCAGGGGGUGGAGACGCUGCAGGCUGUGCUGGCUGCAGGGCCCGCCGGCGGCAGCGCGGGCCAGCGCCAGCUGCUGACAGACCUGCUGAACAACCUCGGACUGACGCUGGUCAGGCAGGCGGAGGCCGAGCCCGCAGAGGCGGCACGCUGCCUGGCGGCUGCAGAGGCCGCCUGCACCGCGGCCCUGCAGCUGGAUGGCUCCAACAGCAAGGCCCUGUACCGCCGAGCGCUGGCCCUGCACAAGCAGGGCAAGACGGCAGCUGCGCAGCGUGACCUGAGCAGGCUGGGGUCAGAUGCGGGGGAUGCGGCGGUCGAGGCGCUGCGGCGGCAGGUGCGCGCGGCACGCGGCCCAACAGGAGGCCAGCAGGCUUGA